GGGAAGAGAAGAGGCACUUCGCGUUUCAGGCGCUCGGCUGAGUCACACAAGUGUAUAAAAUCCAGGCCAGGCAACCGGAGCCCGGCAGAGUGGAGACACGAGGCAUCAGGGCUCCUGGGCAGAUCUUGCAAGUUAAUUGCAAGCCACUUCGGAGAAGGAUGUUUUCACCCUUGCUCAUCCUCUCUCUGUUGGUGGGGAACACAGCAUCUUCGGGCCCGGUGAGCAGAGCAGAGCCUGCAGUAUCCAGAGAUGUCACCACCUUUUUCCAGCUGGCUCAAGAAGCCUUUUGGGAGAACGUUAAUCUCACCAGCAUGUCCUGCGAGGAUCGGAAGAACAGGACCUGGGUCACCCUGCAGCUGACCAACAGCAGCCUGACAGCUUUCCCCAUGUGCCUUCCAGAGGCCCUGGAGACCUUGGACCUCAGCAACAACCUCUUGGAAGAGGUGAAUGCCAUGGAGGUGGCAAACCUCAUACGGCUGCGCAUCCUCUCUCUGAGGCAGAACCAUCUCCGUGCAGUUAGAUGGGGAUCUGAAGCCCUCAGCAGUCUCCUCUCCCUGGAUUUAAGCUUUAAUAAGCUGUCAUCUGUGCCAUCAUGCCACAGCUCUGCCCUGCCUAAUUUGAGGUGGUUGUCCCUGGCUGGAAAUCCACUGAUGGAAAUCCAGCCGAUGGCUUUUUCCUGUUACCCUCAGCUACAGUUCCUGAACCUCUCCAGAACUCUGCUUGGGAAGGAUGACAGCAGAGGAAUUAGGGAAUCUGCUUUUGCCAUCAGCACAUCUCCCAGUGAGGCCAUCAACAGGCCUGGAAACACCAUCAACAUGCUUGAUCUGAGCGGGACUUUCCUUGAGAAGAUUCAACCAGAAUGGACCAGAGACUUGCCCAACCUCAGAUCACUUCACCUGACAAAGAUGUCACGAUUAAGGAGCCUUGAUACUGACUUCUUCAAGUCUAUGCCUGACCUGCGAGAGCUAAACUGUCAAGAUUCCCACUCACUGGCGUUCGUGAGGACAGAGAUGUUUGGCAGCACUCCCCAUCUGAGCCAGCUCUCAUUUGAGAACUGUAACCUGAGUUCCUUUAAUCCUUGGAAUACCAAUUCAUCGGAUAGCAUCAUCAUAAACUUGUAUGGAAACCCUCUGCUCUGUGACUGCCAGCUCUCCUGGCUGCUCUCCAAGCCUGAGAAAGUUGUGCUGCAAAAGGCUUCGGAGACUUUUUGCAGCACAUCCCAGGAAGACUGGGACAGACCCUCAACAUCUUUUACACUGCCAGAGCUCUAUGAUAAAUGCCAGUCCGUGGAAAACGUUACGCUGCCCAAUUCCAACACCUCCUUCCCUGAACACGGUGUUUUCAUCCUUAACAGUUACAAUGACACUACUGUAGUGACAACAGCAGAUGCUGCUCCACUAACCAAAGACACUUAUACCAGCUCCCCCAUUCAGAGGAAUGUAACAAGUACGACAGAAGCCAACCCAACUGGGCUCAUGCUGGCAAAGGCAAACAGUUCCCCCCACCAAGAGGAAGUAGUUUCUGCAUCCACAAGCCGCCCCCCUUCCUUUGCCUCCAUAACCACCUCCCCAGCUUUUCUCCAAGAAUUCCACAGUCAAUCCUCAGAUCAUGGCUCCACGACUCAAACUGAAACAGAUCAGCUAAAGAGAGAGCUUAGAACAACCGAAGUGACGUCUCACCAGGAAGGUCCUUCCAGCCAGCCCACUAAUGAUUAUUCUGCUAAAGCAACAGCAAACCCUAAUGCCACUGACCACUAUAUCCACCUCUUUGCCACUCACACUGAGGGAGCUACUCCACGACCCAGCCUGCCACAGCUGAACUCCACAAGGACCAGCGCUCAGCCAGAGCCAACAUCCACCAGAUCACUGAUACACUACGUGGAUGACUACGAUUACAGUGAUCACCCAUCAGAAACCCCGGAGCAAGUGGCGUAUGUUGCCUGCGACUACAACCCUUGCAGACAUCUUCAGAAGCCAUGCAGUGAACUUCAGAGCGUAUCCCAGUGUUUAUGCCCUGGCAUGUCAAGAGAAGAUGAGGUUCCAGAUCCACCGAGGCUCAGGGAGGUGUCUGAAGUCACAGACAGCUCCGCACAGAUACGCUGGUGCGCCCCAAAUUCGGUUGUUCAUACCUAUGAGCUGAUGCUUCAUGUCCAAGGCAACGAGGACAGACAGCUCGUCCUGGACAAUAUUUAUUCCACAGCAAGGCAGCACACGCUGUAUAAUCUAUCACCAUAUACCACUUACCACAUCUGCGUGGCUGCUUCAAACAAGGCUGGGUCAAGCCAGACGGGAAGUCAGGGAAUUCCAGGGAAUUCAUGCACCAGAUUUAAAACAAAACCCAGCUACAAGUCUGUCUUUGCUGUGCUAUCUGCAGCAAGCGGACUCUUUCUCAUUUCCACGGUUGUUUUGUCUCUGUGCCUGUGCAAGGCAUGUAAAAAGCCUCAUAGUGAGCAAUAUGGUACACACUUAGUCUCUUAUAAGAAUCCAGCAUUUGAUUAUCCAUUAAAACUACAAACUACUAAUUAAGCCUAGGUGAUUGUUCUAUGCAUUCAAAGCUCACUGUCCUGUCACCUUGGUGUGUUUUCCUGAGACUCUUAAAAUGUCCUUCAGCAAAAUUAUGAAACACCAGACUUCAUUGCCUUCAUGUUUCUAGAGGAGAGAAAACACACAAAAAAAGAAAAAAAAAUAGUGAAGGUAGCCAAACUGAAAAAAGCCUUUAGACUCUCUUUUGUGUGCUAAGCAGCAGUAAAGCUGGAUACUAACCUUGGAAAGUUGUUUUUAUAAUCACCUACAAAAAUAAUAGUGUGCAGUUCACACAGUGAGAGGCUGCCUUGCCAGAUGUCUGCCUCCAGCAUCUCUCAUGGAUACAGUCAGCCCAGAGCCAUUAAUCCAAGACCCAUCUAACUAAGCAAGACAGACACAGCUUUAAUUCGCAUAAGCAGAAAUGGGUUUUCAAUUCCUUCUAGUGUCUGUAGAAAGGUGAUACCAAUAAAGAGAGCACCACUGGAAGGGGUGAGAGAAAGGUCCAGAGCUAACACCAGGAAAUAAUGGGUGACUGCAACUGCUCAGCAAUUUCAGAGCAGGAAAAAGAAACACGGGGCUCGACUGUAAAAAAAAGGAGAGAAAGUGCAGGAUCCUUAGGGUGGGGAUAAUUGUUUUGUUCUGACUUGGCAUGAUCUUUUUCCACAACUGAGGCUUCCAAGUGCUACACCAAUACCAAUUUACAGGCAGAGAGGAGUUUGCAGCAGAGCAGUAACCCACAGGAGGAGGGAAGCACAUUAGCAUUUGCUUCACGAUUGAUUUUUAAGCAGAGAUGAUUGCUCAGUCCCAUCUACAGAUUUAGCAGGCUCGUCAUUUACCUCAUACAGGGGUAAAGAGCUAAGUGAAGAAACAGCCUAAUGCUUAUGUUGCUGAGAGUUGAAAAUCUCAAAUCCCAUCCACUAGGAGCAAAUGUAUGCAGAUAUUUUUCAAAUGUACUUUAUGACAUUAAUUUCUGCUAUAAAAUAAUAAUAGAUGCUUGGAAUCCCAGUUCUUCAGCAGCUUAAGAGCUUAGAGCAUCUUCAAAGAGAUGGUUGUUUUAUAAGAGGUAUUGGUCCAAAAUACUUCCUAUUCAGAGACCAGGAGGUUUAUGUUCCUGAACCUGCAUGUUUCUGCUGCUGCAUACUGCUGUAUAGAUACAAGAUGUAAAAUCCCCCAGAUCUCAGCAAAUGAAAGGUGCUAUACAGUGUAAAAGAGUCUCUGUUCUGUCCAUAUUUUUUAAUGCUUCCAGUAUUAAUGGAAAUAAAAGCUACAGUGUUGAA